AUGCCGUUUUGCCACAAAUUGGGACGAUUUGGCUACCAGUAUUUGUGUACCGAGAAGACGAACCUUCGUGUGGUUACAUUAUUUUCAAAACUAUUGAAACUUUUCUAAUGGUGGUCUGCGCAGUUCUCGUGGUGAACAUUUUGAAAGAUAUUAUCAAAAAGUCGCAAAAAAAGGAAUUUUUUCGAGUUUAUCCGUAGAGCAAACUUUCACCAACACGUUCGAACUAUUUUUUUUCCGCACUUUUUCCAAAAAUUUUUUUAGUGUUUUUUUGUUUUUUUCUAUUUAAGAUAAAUUUUUGAAAGAUAUAAUUGAAAAAAAUCGCAAAAAAAUGAAUUUUUUUCGAUUUUAUCCAUAGAGCGAACUUUCCCCACAGUUUUUUUAAAUCCAUGUGUUUUUUUGCCUCUAAAAAUAUUUUUUUUGACGUUGAUUUUGUUUUUCUUCUUUAGAAUCUAUGUAAAUUACAAAAACCUUUAUAUUAUUCCAAUUUCAAUAAAAACUCCUCCUUAAUAUCCGACAAAAAAAUUCAGAAAAAUUCAUUUAAGUAGCACCUUUUUUUCACUGAUUUUUUUCCAAUAAAAAAACCGUCAAAACUGUUUUUUUUUACUUUUCAAAUCAAAAAUAAAUAUCUCAAAAAGCUUUUAAAUAUCCCAAUCUUCAUGGAAUUGUUUUUUUGUGAGUGCGAAAAAAAUUUAAAAAAAUUCAACUUUUUGACACCUUUUUUUCCCUUGUUAUCUUCUACAUAAAUCAGUACAUUAAAAAAAUUUUUUUUUGAGAUUUACUUUUUUUGUUGAUUUAUUUUGAGAGGAUCUGUAGAACUAAGCUUCUUCUCAAAAAAAAAAAUCACAGUCAGGAGGCUCAACUUUCAGAUAAAAUCGAAUUUUCCAACUGAAAAAUGAAGAAAGGUGCAAAAAAUCAAUAAUUUGCAGGCUUCUUGCGUUUUCAUCGGUUUCAAGUACAAAUCGUGGCAUUUGAAUACCAACACGCUGUACUUGAUUUACAUUGCCGAGUGGUUCGAAUUCCUCAUCGGCUGGAUUUUGAUCACGCCCUACAAGGAAGGCUGGAUUCCCGUUUCUGGUUUGCUUUUUUUUCGUUAUUAUGCUUCUAUUCAUUCGGUGAUUUCAAACAAAAAAAGUUCGAGCUAAACAUUUUGAAAAAGAAAAAAAAAUUUUUUUUUGAAUCUUUGAAAAAAAUGAAAUUUUAAAAAUCAAAAUUUGAAUUUCAAGCGUCUUUUUCUAUGGUGGAAAGAUCACCGAAAAGCGCAAGUCGUUUUUAAGUCGGGUUCAUUUUUUGAAAAGCUCAUCUCUGUGAGGUCACUUUACAUAUUUGAGUUUUUUUUAUAACCGAAUUCGAUGAAUUUCUUAAAAACCAGAAUGUUUACAAAUAGAAAAAAACUGGAUAAAUAAUGAAUUUUUUUCAAAUAAAAACAUAAAUGUUAUAAAUAAUCCUCAAGAUAUGUUUGAAACUAAAAAAAAAAUUUUUUUUAAUUUUUAAUUUUUUUUAAAUUUCCAAUUUCUUGACCUUGUGCGCUCCACGGCUAAUUUUCAAAUUCUCAUGAAUAAACUUUGUUUUAAAAAUUUUGGAAAGGUUAAAUAUAGCUUCUUCACGGCUAGUUUGACACGCUAAGGGGGGCGUGGCCUGUUUGCGCUCUCCACGAGCCAGGCACUAUCUCAUGCAUUUUCGUGUCAGGACCCAAUUUAGCCAUGAAUCAGCUCUAACCUAAUUUUCCAUUUUCAGAACUCCCAACAGUCUACCUGCCCGACUUCCAAACCUACGCGAUAACUGUAGACGCGUUGCAACACGCGCCGCUUAUCAUUGGAGCAUUUUUGCGCAUGCGAUACAUGCUUCUGAUUUGUUCGGCCCUACCGGCUGCUGUGUUGGAAAGGAGCUUCGCUACGAAAUAUGUCAGGUGAGAGAGUUACGAGGGAAUAAUUCUUUACGGUUUCUGUUCAACUUUUUUUUUCAAACAAGAAGUUGGUUCAGUAAUUCCGCUGUUUUAUCGGAAUACUAGAAAAGUCGGUCAGUUUGGAAAACUAGGCCACGCAGUAAUAUUGCUCCAUGGAACACUUAGAGUUUCAAUCUUUUUUUAUCUUUUUUGAAUUUUUUUUUCCUUUUUCACUAAGACGGUUUUCGCUUUUUUCAUUCAAUUCUAUCGUUAUCGCGAGAAAAAUGCGAUGGCUACUACAUCAAAAAUUGAUUCCAUUUUUGAAAAUUCCUAUCAAUUUUUUCGAAUCCAAAAUAACUUCAUAUAACCAAAUAAGUGAAAUAAAAUUUUUCAAAAAUCGAAAAAUGAGAUCAUGCGUAAAAUGCACACAAAAAAGGCAAGAAACAAAGUUAAAUCUGAAAAAAACCCAUUUUCCUGAGAAAAACGACAAUAAAUAAGGAACAGUUUAGUUUGAAGUGAGGAGUAUGUGUCCCAUAUCCUAGAAAACCGAUAAAAAGGUAAAAAAAUAUAGAUUAGGGAUCUUAAAUUCGAUUUUCCAUGAAGCAAAAAUUACGGCGUGGCCUAGUUUUUCCAAAUCAACCGACCGACCGACUUUUUCCAACAUGCCUCAUCAACUUUCAUUUACGCUUUUAAAACCAGAAAAUUUGACUUUUUCUGGGUUUUUUUCUGAGCUAAAAAAAUGAGAGCUCCUCGCAAAGAUUUCGUCUCUUUUCUGUCAUAAAAAAGGUUUUUUAGGAGUUUUUUUCUGUUUGAAAAUGUGGAAAAAUGUGGAAAAUAAGAGAUUUUUUUGAUAUUUUAGCAGUCAAAAAAAUACGAAAAUAAACGAAAAAAAUUCUUUAAAAAAAUCACGUUUUAUGAGUUCUAAAUUUUUUUUAAGCGCUCUCAAUUCAUAGACACUGUCUUCAAAAAAAUUUCAAAUGAAUAUAAAAAAAUUAUGAAUUUGAAGGGACUACGAGUACAAGACCCGGCCAUUCGUCUGGAUCGGGAUUUUUCUACUUUUCCAAAUAAUCGCGACAUUUUUCGCGAUUCUCGGAAUUCUCGGUUUUGUUCGUAUGGGCUGUGCAUCUGUUGUUAGCUUCUUCAUUGUUCUUUUUUCGAUUGUCGUGGGUUUUUAAUCAAUAUUUCUAAAUUUAGUUUAAAAAAUUCAAUUUCAAUUCAAACUAUGUGCUCAUUCUGACCUUCUAGGCCUCUUUUUCAUCACAUUAUGAUUUUUUUGCAAAGACCUAGAUUAAAAAAGUGUUAAUAGGUUUCCGAAAAUGUCCUGAAACCAACAGAAAAAAAGUUGAAUUGAAAGAAAAAAAUUUUUUUUUGGAUGUUAAAAUGACAUUUGUCCGUAGAGCAAAUUUGCUGCAGAAUGAAUUUUUUUAAUAGCUUAGAAUAAAAAUUCAUAAUUUCCAAUUAAUUUUUUUUCAAAUUCAUGGGAUGUGCAUAUCUGUGAAAAAGCUUACAAAAAGAGUUUUUUUUUUUUAAUUCCAAUUUUUUUUUUUGGAUUUUUUGGAUUUAUCAAAUUUUUAAAAGGUCAAAAUUCUAAUUUGAAAAUGUUAUUUUAAAAUUUCUAAUUUUUUUCCGUCACUUUUUUGUCAUUUUUUUCUUCAAAACUUCAGCAUUCUAAAUUCGAAAAAAAUUCGACAGAAAAAGACCAUUUUUUUCAAAAAUUUCAUUUUUUUUAGGUUUCACGAACUUUUUAAAUUUCACAUCUAGAACCUUGAAUUAUAGUUUAAAUUCCAGUUAUUCCUGUACCUGGUGCACUACAACAAGCGGUUGAAUCGCCUACUCAACAGCCAUAAUUACGAACACAACAUGUAUUCGCUUGCUUUGAAAUACCAAGUCGAGGAGAAUGUCCGCAUUUUGGAGGUAACUCCAAAAAAAAAAAGCUGUUCCGUGAAUUUCACGCAGCGUAAAUGUGAUGGCGUAGAUGAGCAUAGAGCAGUUGAAAAGAUACAAAAAUUGAUCACAGCUUUUUUUGGAGAUCAAUAUUUCUGAGACCUUUUAAUGAAAAUUCAAUCAAAUUUUUCAAGUUUCAGAAAAAAUCUGGUCCAUUCUUAUGGAGGAAAACCCGAUCCUUUAGAAAAAAAAAGCAAGAAACUAAAUUUUAUUCAAAAAUCGCUUGUUCGGGACUUUCUCUGCGCCCUCUUACUCUCUCGGCGAAGCUCUCACGUUCAUGCGCUAUUUUCUUUCUCUGAACUCGCCGUUGAGAGAGGAGAGGGCGCAGACGGGUUAUAGUCUGUUCAGAUUUUGAAUGUCAAGUCGUCGCUCAAGCUCCGCCUCCUAAUGGCGCGAUAAACCAAUCAGAGAGCGAGCAAUCCACAGAGUGUUUUUGAAUGACGUCAUUGCACUUGAAAUUUAAAAUCUGAACAGACUAUAGAUAAGUUCAAGUUGUGCUGAAUAAAGUAUAGAAAAAACUUAGUUUUUGGCCUGAGGUCACCGAUUUUUAAAGAAAUAUGAAAAUUCAGGCGAUCCACCGGAUGAUUUUCCUGGUGUGGACAACGACGGCAAUGAGCGCCUUGACGUUGACGAUCGCCAGUUUUGGAACGAUGCCAGAACAUGUCCUCAUCAGACUACUUCUUCUCAUUGAGUUCCUCAUGAAUUUGUGAGUUUCAUUCAUAAAUGUAAAAAUCAACAGGAGAUAACUUUUUAAUGGACUAAACUCGCGGUGGGGCUUCUAACUUUAUUGUUUUCGCUUCUUUCUCUGAAUUUAUGCUCGUUCAAACUUUUCUAGUCCGGCUCGUUUUAGAGGCAUUUUUAUUAAUCAAUCAUUUUAUUUUCGCAACAUCGGGAUGGUAUGGUGAUGUUUGCAGGGAGGGAUGAACACCUAGCAUACACUAACCCCAACUGUAAAGAAAAAAGUUUUUGUAUGAAUGAAGAAACAUAGAACAGUAAUAAGUUGAUAUUUAAACCAAGUUGAUUAUGGCACAAAUCUGUGAACACUUGAAAGAAUAUGCUCGAUUUUCUGCAUACACUAAAAACAUGUCCUUAAAUUUUUUCUUGUCUUCCUCUGUCAUUAAUUCAUGUUCAAUGUCAUUCCAAACAUUAGUAAUGCGAUGUGAUAAGAAAUUGAAGAAAACCAGUGAAGGUUUCGUUUUUAUCAAUUCAAAGGCAUAAGGGCUGUAAAAAACGGUAUUUCAGUUCACAGCAGCACUUGUAGAGCUUUUCAUGGUGAAUCGAUCGGUGACCUUGGAAACGUACCGAAAAUCUUAGUUUCGGAAAAAAAAUGAUUCAAUUUCGGAGAAAGGGAAGCUUGAGUUCCCGCAAAAAGAGCGCUUUGCAGUAAAGUUGCUCUAUGGACAACACGUUUCGCCAUUUUUCGGAUUUUAGCCUUUUUCUUCGUUUCUUUCAAUUUUCAUCUUUUUCUGUUGUCACCAAAGUUCUUCUUGUCACGAUGAAAAGCUACUGAAGUGGCCACUAAAUAGAGAGCCUCUAUAGUGGCCACCAAAACGGAAAAUAGUGGCCACUAUAGAGGUGGGCUUAGUAGCCACUUUAGUGUCCUCUCCAAGUAGUCCUUGACGAGCCUCUAUUGGGGCCCCGGUAACUAAGCUUUCUCAGCUUUUUUGUCCCCAAGAAAAAACAAACUCGUCAAAAAAGUGUUCCAGGAACCCGCUGGCGAUAGUUCCCUGCGGGAUCUGGAUAACCCCGCGAUGGAGACAGGUCUAUUCAGAAGUUCUACCGAACCUUCUUCGGAAGAGAUUUUGCCGACAACCUUCCAAAGUUCACGUCAUCGAACGCUGCAUGUCUAUCCAACAGCAAACCGAUUUUUAUUUCAAGAAUUUGGAAAAAGCUUGGUGA